CUCCGAAACAAUCAGAAAUACUGGAUGGUAUUAUGGGCAUAGGUUUGGAACAAAGCUAUAAGCCUACUUUUCUUAACGGAUUAACUCAUAUAUACAUAUAUUAAAUAUGUAUUGGCCUACGACCAUCAGAAGGAUCUAAAAUAAAGCUAUAUUAUUUACUUUCUAUAAUCAGAGGCAAAAUUGCUGACUUGUUCUUUUUCACAUUAAAAUAGUUAUUGCUGAACUGUGCCGAGAUUUUUGUUUUAUUUUUAUUUCUUAUGAUCUACUUUUUGGAAUUUAAUUUCUGGUUACUAGUGCCCUAGAGAAAUAUUACAAUAAAUAUGUGGACUUUUCUUGGAAUUGCAAGUUUCACUUAUAUUUAUAAGAAAUGCGACGCAUUUUUGGAGUACGCUCACAAAGAGAUAAUCCUUGCGGCUGUAGUGUUCUUGGCUGCGGGGAUGCUGCUAUCAUAUGCCAGAUAUUUCCACAGACAAACAUUCAAGGUACCACAAGUUCUAAAAUUACCGUUGGAAUUUCUGUCAUCCUUACCGAUCGUCAAUAGGUUUAUACCAAAACCACCGGCUGUCAGCCACAGGUGUGGAGAGAGUGCUUCAAAGCCCUCCCAGGCACGUAGUAGGAGGAAACAGGUAGGUUUCUCAAGUAUGGAGAGUUCCCAAGCAGCAGACGAUUCCCCUUUGACCCAGGAGCCGGAUGUCAUCAUCGUAGGGGCCGGUGUCCUGGGGUCAGCAAUGGCUGCAGUGCUUGGCCGGGAUGGCCGGAGGGUCGUCGUGAUAGAGAGGGACUUGAAGGAACCUGACAGGAUCGUGGGAGAGCUGCUGCAGCCUGGUGGAUACAGGGCCCUCAGAGAGCUGGGACUGGAGGGUUCUGUGGAGGGUCUGGAUGCUCACCUGGUGAACGGUUACGUGAUCCAUGACAUAGAUAGCUGCACGGAGGUUGAGAUCCCCUACCCGCAGGAAAAGGACAGCAUACAGUGCGGUAGGGCCUUCCAUCAUGGACGCUUCAUCAUGGGCCUGCGUAAAGCCGCGCUCGCUGAGCCCAACGUUGCGUUCAUUGAAGGCACUGUGACGAGCCUGGAGGAAGAGGAUGGCUGUGUCAUAGGAGUCCAGUACAGGGACAAGGAGACAGCAGGCACUAAGGAGGUCUAUGCAGCAGUGACUGUAGUAGCUGACGGCUGUUUCUCCAAGUUCAGGAAGAGUCUGGUGGCUGGCAAAGCCCAAACCUCCUCUCACUUUGUUGGAUGCAUCAUGAAGAAUUCUCCCCAGUACAAGCCCCACCAUGCUGAGCUGGUCCUGGCCAAUCCCAGCCCCGUCCUUGUUUACCAGAUCUCCUCUUCAGAGACCAGGGUGCUGGUGGACAUCAGGGGAGAGAUGCCCAGGAACUUAACUGAGUAUAUGGCUGAAAAAAUACACCCACAACUGCCAGAACACUUAAAGGAGCCAUUCAUGGUAGCUCUGCAGAAUGACCGUUUGAGGUCUAUGCCAGCAAGCUUCCUGCCUCCAUCGCCAGUCAACAAGCCAGGUGUGCUCCUAUUGGGCGAUGCCUAUAACAUGAGGCACCCGCUAACCGGAGGAGGGAUGAGUGUCGCCCUCAAUGACGUCCGGAUCUGGAGAAGCCUGAUGAAGAACAUCCCUGACCUGUACAAUAACACAGCCAUGCUCCAGGCAAAGAAAAAAUUCCACUGGGAACGCAAGUCAUCACAUUCCUUUGUGGUGAAUGUGUUGGCUCAAGCCCUGUACGAGCUGUUUUCGGCAACAGACAAUUCUCUCCACCAGCUGAGAAAAGCUUGCUUCCAUUACUUCAAGCUGGGUGGGGAGUGCAUCAACGGACCCAUUGGUCUUCUGUCAGUGUUGACACCCCAUCCGAUGACUCUGAUUGGACACUUCUUUGCCGUGGCCUUAUAUGCCAUCUACUUCAGCUUCAAGUCUGAGUCGUGGUUCACCAAGCCCAGAGCCUUAUUCACCAGUGGGGCCGUCCUUUACCGCGCCUGCACUGUCAUGUUCCCCCUAAUCUACUCUGAGUUCCAGUACCUGGUGUACUGAGAAUCUCCUGUACCCGGUGGUAUGUCACCAGUCUUAAACAGGGUCGUAUUCAUGAAUACACCUGGUGGCAUGUCACCAGUCUUUGACAACAGUGUCGUAUUCAUGAAUACACCCAGUGGCAUGUCACCAGUCUUAAACAGGGUCGUAUUCAUGAAUACACCCAGUGGCAUGUCACCAGUCUUAAACAGGGUCGUAUUCAUGAAUACACCCAGUGGCAUGUCACCAGUCUUAAACAGGGUCGUAUUCAUGAAUACACCCAGUGGCAUGUCACCAGUCUUAAACAGGGUCGUAUUCAUGAAUACACCCAGUGGCAUGUCACCAGUCUUAAACAGGGUCGUAUUCAUGAAUACACCCAGUGGCAUAUCACCAGUCUUAAACAGGGUCGUAUUCAUGAAUACACCCAGUGGCAUGUCACCAGUCUUAAACAGGGUCGUAUUCAUGAAUACACCCAGUGGCAUGUCACCAGUCUUUGACAACAGGGUCGUAUUUAUGAAUACACAAACCUUUCAAAAUGGAACACAAAAAAAUUAUAAUUGGAAAGUCAGGUUGCCUGCUCCCAUUUUAUUCAGUUUUCCUCAGUUUUAGUUUUUAGUAUUUGGGACCCUGGUGUACUGAGCCAUGUCAUAUCUGAAACCCUGCCAUAGUGACAUGUCAUACAAACAGCACUUAGGCACACUGUAUGGUUUAGAUGAAAACACCCAACUCCUCAGGGGGUUGUUGAUGGAGGACAAUGUUAAUAUUAGGCACAGGAGACCCCAGAGGCAAAACGUCUGUAGCCUCUUUAAUAACACACCAUCCUAUAAUCACUAUGACACAGAUCUCUCUUCAGGUUUGUUAAGCGUCCAUUAUUCAGUGCUAAUGCCUUUGACAUUGGUCAUGCCUUUAUCUAAAGUUCUGCUCAAUAAUAAGACUUCAUCUUCAGAGGAUGAGAAUUAUAUUGACAGAUAUAAUUGAAUAAAGCCUUGGAUAGCUAUAACGCCUCAACAUAUUCAGCAUUUACAUAACAAACAUGUAAUAUUCCAUUGUAACAUAGUGCAUGAAACAGGGUUGCCAUUAAAAUACUGUAGUUUUAGCAACUCCUCAUUUUAAAUUUGACUAAAUGAACAAGCCGAGAAGGGCCACAAUGCUCUUUCAAACCAUGUUGCUGCUAAUUUGCUGUGGAGUAAAUUCUAUGUUCAACAUGACAAAUAAUGUCUGUGCCAUAAAAGGAAAACAUGCUUGUGAAAUAAUAUGAUCACUCUUCUCUCAAUGGCAAUUUCUUCCUUCACCAGGAAACACUUCAGCUAUAAGUUUCUAGACCUAGUGAAAAAUGGCCACGUCUCUCCUUAUUCCUAACUGUGCCCUAAUUCUGUCCUUAAUAUUCUCCUCAAAGUAUGUUUGUAUGCAUUAUCAGUCUUUUUACUUGUAAUGUAUUGAACUGUUAGAUAGGAUCAAUUCAGAUAUUUGUCUGUCCUUUACUUUUUCCUGCCUUAAAUGUUUUUCUUUACAUUUUGAAAAGGGAUUUUGUUUCUUAAGAAACCUGCAGUUUUACUUCUUUAAAAGUGAUUAAUAUAACUGAUCAUUUGCUGGAAUGAAAGUGUGAUAAAAUGCCCCUUUGCCCUUUUGAGGACUGCAGUGCCUAGAGACCUCAAGUUAGAGUGACACACACGUCCUCCCUCCUGAGUGCCUGGACAAA